GAGGACCAAGACGCACUGUGGUGAGCGUACCAAUAUCGGGUGUAAAACGGCCUCCUAUAUAUCAUCGGUGCUCUCCCCCCAGCGCUAGUCGUCGCAACCCACUCCCCACUGUCCUACUACUAUGGAUAUGGUUCGCGCGUCAAGUAUUCUGCACAGUCAUGAAAGUUCUCGGCAGUACAGCGCUCGAGAUUUUCUACGCAUCGCAAGAUCUCAAGCCGCAGCAGCAGUCGGUGCAUGCGAUUUGUAUUAUAUUCCUUGUCGUCUUCCUGCCGCCAUGAAUUCCUUCUUGUCCAUAUUGACACUGAUCGAGAGAGUCACAUGCUCAUCGUCGAGCGCAUCCCCAGUAACAAUGGAGUACAAGUAGUGUCUUCGAGUGGUGGAGUCGCAAGGGACACUGUCACAGUCGUGCGAGCCAGAGAGCACUAUAAAUAUCGGCAGAGGGCCAGUCAAAAUCCCGUAUGCAAGGGAACACUUCGAUGGGAGCACCCUUCAGCCCAUCUCGUGGAUAUCGCAUUCAUUGCAAGAGCCGCAUCUGCCACAUUCGAAUACCAGUGCUACCGGUACGCUAGGAUCACCCUAACUGCAACGGCGAAAGCGUUUCCAUCUUGCUCCAGGGAGGGCACUACGUCGUUAUCAAGGAGGUGGCUUCCACUUUUUGGGACCUACAAGCCGGCACAAGUUCAACUUGUCGUAGAUCUUCAUACUAUCGGCUGCGGAGACUUACACUCACCUUCCAGCUACCCAGCUCCUAUAGUCACCACGAUUGAGACAGAACAACAUCCUCUCGUCUUCUCACAUCCGAUGUUCUCCACGAGGCUGAUAUUGCAAGUCGACAUAGCGACCAAAUUCCACGAGAAAUACCUGAACGCAGUGGGGAAACGGACAGAACUCGUUAAACGGAAGAGGCUAUUAGCAAUAUCAAGGAACAUCCGAGAAAUAAAGGUGGCCGAGUGAGCAAGUAGGCUCACCUGCUCGCAUUUCGAUUUUGGCAGAUAGUCGACCAUUUGGUAUACCUAUCCAGUGAAUGUUUGUCGAGAUACCCCUGGUUGUCGCAUCGAGGCAAAGUUAUGUUCGUAGAGCGCAGGAUUUAUACGAAUGUGUGUUAGAGCUAGUUAUGUAAAUGGAAGAUUAGGGGGCAGUUCGCUAAAAUUCAAUUGCAAUAGGAACUUACACGUACCAUAGUAGGUCC